AUGUCGUUUAACUACUCAUCGAUUACUGACGUUGGUAUAUCUCCUGAUGAUCCUCUAUUUUGGCGUCUUCCAACGCCUGGUGAUUGCAAAACAAUACGAAUCAUUGGCAUAUUCUUAUGUCUUGCUGCUUAUACUGGUUUUAUUCUCAAUAGCUCUCUUCUCGCAAGUUUUAUUCGAUAUAAAGCACUACGUACACCACCCAAUAUUUUCAUUAUGUUUAUGUCGGGUAUUGGUAUUUUUGCUUGUUGCGCUAAUCUUCCACUAUCAGGUACUUCAUCAAUAUUUUGUUACUGGUUAUACAAUCGUGCAGGAUGUCAAAUAGAAGGUUUUGCUGCAUUUCUUUAUGGAUGUUCGAGUUGUUAUCUACUCUGCACAGUAAGCCUUAGUCGAUGUUACAUUGUUGUAAGACCAUUCAAUGCCAAAGAUGUUACUGUUAUGAAAUGCGUUGUUAUUGCAGUUGCAGCUAUAUUGAUUGCAGUCGUUAUAACUAUAUUACCAUUCGUUGGAUGGAAUGAAUAUACAUUGGAAGUUAGUAUAUUUUUAUCUUCUAAUUUUUCUGCUGAAUUAUUUGCCUUAGAACAUGUGGUAACGCGUACAUCAUGUUGUACGAAUUUAUAUGAUCGACGUUCUUCAUAUAUUUCGUAUAAUUUGUUUAUUUUUGUGGUUGUUUAUUGUCUACCGUUGGCUAUUCUUGUUACAACAAAUUCAAUUAUUUAUGUUGGACUUAAACGUAUGCGUGAAAAACUUGCACAUGGUGCCAAAACGGAAUUAAGUCAAAAACGAAUUGAAAUGGAACGACGUAUUCUGAAAAGUAUCAUAAUUACAGUAUUUGGCUUUGUUUUCUCCUGGACACCAUAUGCAGUAACAUUCUUCAUUUCGGCAUUCAGUGGAAAUAAUUAUAAUCCACCACUCAUGGCUACAUUUAUUUGUGCUUGCUUUGCUAAAACAUCUGUUAUGUGGAUUCCAUUUCUUUAUAUGAGUACAUCUACUCAAUUUCGAUUAAGUUUGGUCGAUACUGCCACAUUUGACAAGUUAUCUGCAACUACUACCGCUGCCGGAGAAGUAUCAAAAGCAGCCUCUGCAGCUCGUCAACUUGAAAAAAAAGCAGUAUCUCCCGACAAUGCUUCUGCUGACAAAGACAUUGCUACCAUUGGCAAGUAG